AUGGCAACUCGAUCCUCUACCCGAAAAUCAGCAACUGUCAGAGAAACCGAUCCACAUGUGCUGGAGAAGCUCACCAUGACAAAAGAGGCAGCUUUAAAAUCGAUGACGCCUUUAGUCGUGGAGAUCUUCAACGAUGCCCAAAAGCCAGAUACUAUCUUACGAGCCAAUGCCAUCAAAUUACGAGAAGUUCAAAUGAACUGUUGUCUUAAUUCACCUCGUAUGAUUGGCCAACCAGAAGAUAUUGACCAUGAAGGAGAAGCCAAGUUUUUAAAGUUGAUCUUCAGAUUGGUCAAUAUGGUGAUCAAAGUGAAAAAGAAAGAGCCCACAGCAGAUCGAGUUCAACGAUUUAUAGCAGGAUUUUUACAAUAUAUUCAAACGAAAGAUGAGGAGGCUAAAUCAAAAGCCAAGGAACAAAAGAGAAAGGAACAACAACAACAACAACAACAACAACAACAACAACAAAUAACAGCAGGUAAAACAGUAGAUAGUGACUUAAGUGAUGCUAUGUCUGAAGAUGGUCAUAAUGAAGCCGCCGAUACAAGACAACAACAAUUUGAAGCACCGGAAGCAACAAUAAAUGAAGGGAAGGAGGAGGAGGAGGAUGAGCCUGAAUAUGAAACAGUUACCUCACGAUUCGUAGAGAGUUUGAUUCGACAUUUGUUCCAAGGAUUCCGUGAUAGCAAAUCUCACAUUCGCCUUCGAUGCUGUCAGAUGAUAGCGCUCAACAUAAGCUCUAUGGGUGAAUUAGACGAGGAUUUAUAUCAAGAUUUAAAGACAUACUUAUUCGAAGCCCAUAUUGAUAAAGAAGCCAGUGUAAGAGCGCAGGCUGCAACUGCUCUUUGUCGAUUACAGAGUGAUACAGAAGUGGAUCCAAGCGAUGGUAGGACGAUUCAUGAAAAGUUAAUGUGGAGUGUUCGCUUUGAUCCAAGCCCUGAAGUACGUCGACUUAUUUUGUUUAAUGUGGACGUUACAUCCAACACACUACCUUACAUUGUAAAAAGUGUGCGAGAUCCCGACGAUAUCAAUAGACGAGUUGUUUACUUGAAGCCAUUAUCUGAUCUACAAGAUUUCCGGCUUUUGAGUUUCGAUGAGCGUUAUGAAGUUUUAAAAUGGGGUCUCAAUGACAGAAACAAAUUGGUUCGAAAAUCAGCUCUUAAAAUGUUCUCAGAGAAGUGGAUUCAGCAUGCAGGCAACAAUCUGAUUGAAUUUUUGGAACGAUUAGAAUCCACCCAUCCAGCUGUAUCACCUUUAGUAGAACAAUUACUCAAGGCUUUUUUCAAAGAAAGAAUGGAUAUUGUGAAUGAGAUUACAUUUGAUGAUGAAUUUUGGAGCAAUUUGUCAGGUGAAAGUGCAUUAUUAGCCAAAGUGAUCAUUGAAUUCUUACAAAAUAACGAAGGAUUAGAAGAGAAGCUGGACUCUAUAUUGCCGGAAGUAACACGCCACGUAUUCAAUUUGGAGAAUUACUUUAAUCUCUAUCGCGCUUCAUGCAAUUCUGCAACCGAUGCUUCUUUAAACUACGAAUUCAUCACUACCCAAAUGCUAGAUAUAUCGUUGUGCUUGGAUUAUGCUGAUGAAGUCGGAAGAAAAAAGAUGUUCGAAGUACUACGUAAUAUCCUUCGAUCUUAUGAAAUGAUCGAUGACCAUUUGAAGAGAGUUAUCAAAAUCUUUCGAAUUAUUUCUAUUGAUGAGAAAGAUUUCACCAGAUCGAUUAUCGAGAUUAUAUCAGAUAUCCAAGAAGAUGCUUCUAUGCCAUUUUACGAUGCAGAAGAUAUAGUUCCCACAAAGAAAGCGAAAAUCAGCAACUCACAAGCGAGAGAUAGGAGCGAGACUCCUCCUGCUUCUGUCACUUGCUCACCUGUAGCAUCUAUAGAAGACAAUAGAGGAGAAAAUGAAGAAGCAACGAUUGACAGUCUUGUGACACAAUUCCGCUGCUUGAACAUAUGUAAACGCAUGCUUGAAAAUAGUUAUGAGCCCCUAACAGAAAACUCGAAUUUAUAUGGUUUAUUGAAUGAUCUUAUUGUUCCAGCUGUACAAAAUUCUGAUACCCUCCUUCGCCAAGAAGGAUUGCAUUGUUUGGGUCUAUGUUGUACGUUGGAUAGACGAUUAGCGCAACAUAACAUUUCAUUAUUCAUCACUUGUAUAAAGCAAGGUCAUGAUGAUCUCGUGAAAAAGGCUAUCAGAAUUUUAGGUGAUCUACUACUGAUGUACGGUGUAAACACAAUGAAGGAACACCUGCCCAGUACGGACGAUUUUAGGGAAGUGUUUGAGUUCGCAUUAGAUCAUGAUAAUACAGAAAUUCAAUUUCUGGCGACACAGGCAUUAUGUAAAUUGAUGUUGUUUAACAGAUUCAAUGACGAUGAACUGUUGCGUUUGAUGAUCCUACUUUACUUUUUCCCGAAAGCCGAGACUGACGUACACAGCAAUAGUAUUCAUCAAUGUUUAGCUUACUUUUUCCCCGCUUAUUGCUAUUCGUCAGAAGAACAUCAGAAAUCGCUUUCCAAUAUCACGAUUCCUGCCCUGGAAGAAUUAUGUAAUACGUAUAACGAUUUAGAAAAAGAUGAAACCAUGACCAGCCCAAAGAUGAUAUCAGAAAUGUUGGCGGAUUGGAACGAUCCUCGUAAAUUGGCCAAACGGGAGAACACUAAGCUUCCGUCAUUUAUUGAUGACGAUGAUAACGAUGAUGAUACCGCUCGUUUUAGCACACCAGCCGGACCUGCUCUCGAAGCACUUGAAAUAAUUUUGAACGAACCAGAGAAUACCAAACGUAAAGCAAUGUGUCAUUUUGUUUUAAAAGUGUAUCUAGACAGAGUGGAGGUAACGAAAUUGAUCGAUAUACAACGGGCUAUCAAGGCCAUUGAAGAACAAAAUCCUCUCAAAUUGGUACCGACGCAAAGGGCCUUCAACAAAUUGUUAAAAAGGAUAGAAGCAAUGAUUCAUGAAGAUGACGAAGGACAGGCACUGAUGACUAAACAGGAAGACGAGCAUGAAGAACAGCAGCAGAGACUGGAACAACAAGAACAACAGCAACCACCUUCGGAGCAUGUCAGUGCAGAUGACGACAAUAACAAUGAAGAGGAGGACGAUAAGGAGACAAUAAACAAUGAUGCAGCCAGUGAAGGAACGGCAGCGCAAGAUGAGAUGAGUAAGAGUGAUGCCGACAGUGAGGAAGGGAAAAAAAGACAAUGA